UCCUGAUUACUCCUUAGGUGAAUUCCUUUCGGUGCUGGAGUCCCACCAUUUAGUUUGGAAAACAUUGGAUGUUGCUCAUACUGAUAGUUCUAUGAAAUUCAAAUAUCACAAUCUAAUCUUUCUGAAAGAUAAGUUGGUUGCUAUGCAGUAGCCAUAUGCUUAAAAGGUAAAAUCUAUUGCCCCCCAGAAUUCUUGGGGCCUCUUAAAAUUGCUUUUACUUAUUAACCUACGACUGCAAAUCUGUAAGGCAUACACAAUCAUGUUUCUAGGUAAAGGUUUUACCACCAAAAGAUGAAAAAUAGUACAAAGUAAAUAUAUUUACAAAUGAUGAAAAAAAUUUUGAAAUAGCAGCAGGGCUGAGGGUGGAGCAGCAAAAACUUCCAAUCAUUAUACAAGUAUUUCAAGGUUCAGUUUUGGGAUUCCAACAUUUAACAACAAAGAAAACCUGAAGAUAUACUGUUUGGAUCGAGCCUACUUAUGGAUCAAAUUCAGCCAUUGUAUUACCAAAGAAACAUACUAGCUCAUUACCAUACCACAUCUAUGUUCUUCUUGUCCAAAGAAUCCACCACAUGUCAUUCAGCCAUUAACUCUAUUUUAACAACUCUUUGUAUUUGUAAUUCUAGCUCACCUGGCCUUGUGUCUAGCUAGCAUUUUGACCUUCCUCUUCCAUUUUGUUAUUGGUCUCACAUGAUCCCAGAUACUGGAAAUAAGAGUAUACACUCUCGCUGUUCAUAUUCUGCAUGAAACCAGAAAGUGGUCGCCAUGCAUUGACGACGCAGAAACCUACACGCCUUUACUACGCAGUUCAAAAGUCUUAAAUGCGGAGUCCCAUUGUACCAUUCGGCUAGACUCUUUACCAUGGGAUCGUCCGGAGCAGGGGUCCUGUGUUGAGUUCACCCUUAAGAUGGCGGAAAGUUCCGUAUACGACGGAAAAAGAUUCUGCGCAGUGAAAAGCCUCUAUAAAAUGCAUGCUGGCUCAGCCAUCGUGAACGUAGAGUUGGUAAGUCUACCCUGUAGUUGUUCGACAUUGAGCUAAUUGAUCUAAGGACAAUUUCACCGACUUGGUAAACUGUGUUAUACUACCCAGAUCAGGAUGCCUCCUGGGAUCUUCUAAUUAAGAUUGCGUGCUGGCUCAAAUUUCUCCGGUUGCUACAACACGAAUUUUUCCCUACAGCUCCUUAAAUAUUACAUCAAUUUAGAGACAACGUCCGGAUACCAAUAAAUACAGCUAAUGCGAACAUCCCGGCUGCACUGCUCGAUUGUCAGUUGAUACCGAUGUCACGAUCCACCAAAAUGCAAUUCGCAGGCAUAUUCCGUACCACUCAAAAAAUAUCGAUCAGAAUUUUGUUGACGAUUCUUAUAAUAGCAGUUGAUGGUUUAUUGACAGAUUACGAUUGGAGUUCCAAGCACUUAAACUAUCUCGUAAUUCAUAAUCCACCUUUUGAUUUUGUAUUUAGAGGAUCCAAUGGUACCUUCACAAGUUAUGGGAGCGGACAGAACGUCGCCAUAUGGCUAGCGGCAAAGUUAAAAUACACGUAUUCUUUCGUACUGAUCAAUCAAACUCUCAUCGACAAAUAUGGUAUACAUGAGGCUGCGUUUUACCAACUUGUAAACGAUAAGGAUAUUGACGGUAUUGCGUCAAGUUUUUACGUCACUCUGAGUCGAAUGCAGAGAAUGGACCACACUACCCAUCACGGAUGGGUUGAUGGAUUUCGGCUUGUGGUGCCGAGAUCAGAAGAACAAAGCCGAUUAUUUGCUUUCAUAGGUCCUUUUGAACCUACGGUUUGGUUGCUGGUCUUUAUAACCGUUCUCGUCGUAGUCGCUGUGAUGACCCUGUUUGCCAUGAUUUACAGACAUCACCCUUGGAACGGGCCUGCGGUAGCUGAGAAUAAAACUGAUACAGAAAAUGGCACAGGAACCAAUAUGAGAGAACCCGUCUCGAGAAACGUUCUUUUUAAUUACUUAGGAUCACAUACUAUUUAUGUUGUUAACAUUAUGACGAACCAAGGAUGUCGUGAAGGGUCCAGUCUCUAUUCCUUUCGAAUCCUGGCUGGCUUUUGGGUCCUGGGCGCCAUGGUCCUCGUCAAUUCCUACACGGGCAUUGUCAUUUCAUCGUUAACGACAACCAAAACGAAGCCGUCAAUAGACUCUCUUGAAGAAUUAGCUGCAAGUACAGAGACUCAAGUACUUCUCCGACAUGAUACAUCGAUUGGAGAACAAAUACUUCAAGCAACUUCAGGUGUUUUUAAGGUUCUUGGAGACAAAGCCCGCCUGAAUCCUGGAAACUUAGUUGGAGAUCCUUUCAAAGUCGCGGAAAAACUAGAGACCGGUCGCUAUGCUUUUCCGUUUAUAAAAACUUUCGCCAUGUCUUUCGUCUCCUCACAGUUUAAGAAAGAUCAGCGAUGUCGCUUUAAAAUGUCUAAACCAUUGCCCUUGUCAACUGGAUAUUAUUUUUGGCUUUUUAAAAAGAACAGUUCGUAUACCAAUAUUCAUAGCAAACCACUUGUGGAAUUGUGGGAGACGGGCCUGACCAAUUUUUGGGUUUACAAUUUGUUUCCUCCAACUGCUCCCAGGGCCGAACAGUGUUUCGUGGAAUCCACACGCAGAGUGUCUAGCAGAGCUCCUAUUCAAUUGUCUGAUUUGACUAGUGCUUUCCUUAUCUUGGGUAUCGGAACUGGUUUGUCGGUUCUCAGUUUCUUAAUAGAGCUGUUGUAUUCAAGAUUUCGGUUGUACAGGUUGCCUUUGGCUUAAUGUAACUAAAUAACCUACGCAUUGCCGUAAAAGACGGUACAGAUUGGUAGUGUGUGAUCCAUGUUUUGCACAAAGUUCCUUUCAGUUCUGGAUCCCACUAGAUUACGCCCUCUGCGUAAACGUAUUAUAAACGCAUCUUAAAAUACAAUUGUAGAUGGGUAAAACCAUUGGUGUAAUUA